UCCCUCGAGGGACCUGGAGCUAGGGGAGGUGGAGCGAGAGGCGUCGAGGGUGGAGGGGCGGCGGCGGGGCACGGGCCCUUUAAGGAGGAGCGCGGGGCGCGGCCCAGGUAAGGGGCGGGUCCGCCGGGCGGAUCAGCUCUGCGCGCCGGCGCCGGCCCGGGAGCCGGAUUUGGAGCGCGCGGCGCCGGCGGGGCCGGAGGGGGCGGCGUGGCGGACGGAGCUUCCCUCGGCCUCAGACGCUCCUCCUCGCCCGCGGCCGCCGGCCGCCGCCGCCUGCGCCUCCUGCUCCUUCACCCCGCAGGGGCCCGGCCGCCACUUCCGGCCGCUCACCUGGGACGUGCUCACCUGGGACGUGCUCACCUGCCUGCGGGCGCCUGGGCACCAGGAUGAAGGACCGGCUGGAGCAGCUGAAGGCCAAGCAGCUGACACAGGAUGACGACACCGACGAGGUCGAGAUUGCUAUUGACAACACAGCUUUUAUGGAUGAAUUCUUUUCUGAGAUUGAGGAAACUCGACUCAACAUUGACAAGAUCUCAGAGCACGUGGAGGAAGCUAAGAAGCUCUACAGUAUCAUUCUGUCUGCACCCAUUCCGGAGCCAAAAACCAAGGAUGACCUGGAGCAGCUCACAACUGAGAUCAAGAAAAGAGCCAACAAUGUCCGGAACAAACUGAAAAGCAUGGAGAGGCACAUUGAAGAAGACGAGGUCCGGUCGUCAGCAGACCUUCGGAUUCGGAAAUCCCAGCACUCCGUCCUCUCCCGGAAGUUCGUGGAGGUGAUGACCAAAUACAACGAGGCGCAGGUGGACUUCCGUGAACGCAGCAAAGGGCGGAUCCAGCGGCAGCUCGAAAUCACCGGCAAAAAAACAACAGAUGAGGAGCUGGAGGAGAUGCUGGAGAGUGGAAACCCUGCCAUCUUCACCUCGGGGAUCAUCGACUCUCAGAUUUCCAAGCAAGCCCUCAGCGAGAUCGAGGGGCGGCACAAAGACAUCGUGAGGCUGGAGAGCAGCAUCAAGGAGCUUCACGACAUGUUCAUGGACAUCGCCAUGCUGGUGGAGAACCAGGGUGAGAUGAUAGAUAACAUAGAGUUGAACGUCAUGCACACGGUGGAUCACGUGGAGAAGGCUCGGGAUGAAACCAAAAGAGCCCUGAAGUACCAGGGCCAGGCCCGAAAGAACCCGAUUCUGCUCCAGCCUGGCCUGGCCACCCUUGUCUUCAGAUGGGAACGGAGCGGGAAUGGCCUUCCUGAGAGAGAGUGGGACCCGUUCCUUUGUUUCCUUGUAACCAUCCUUGGACCUGACCCAGCACACAGUCUAGCCCUGGAGGAAUCCAGUCUGCCUGCUGCGACCCUGAGUCCUCCUCUGAACCUUCUCCCAGACUGUAUGAACCAACCCAGCCUCUCCUUCUUCCCUCUGACGUGUCAAAUUAUGCCUUACACCUUGGAAAGCCCGUCUGAGACCUUCCCAAGGUGCUGUUUCUACCUCAUGGAGUAGUCUUCUCCCCCAAAUUGCAAUUUUUUAAUUUUCAUUUUUUAGGGGAGCACCUUUAACAAAGCAAAGGGAUUCUUCCAAGUUUGGCAGCAGUAAGGCUUGGCUCUGAGUCUCCGCCCGGCAGGAUCCCUGUCCUGAAAAUCGGGGGGACUGACCGAUGCUGUUUUGGUCUUUGGAGCUGACUUCUUGUCUGAAAUGCAGCCUUAAAUUAAGCUCUUAGUGUGUACAGCUGGAUGGGCAACUUUGAUCUGUCUGUGUUGUAUUCCCUCAUGUUUAUUCAGGGGUGCGCCACCAUGAUAUCAUCAUCUGUCUGAGGCUACAAUUGGAGAGCCUGAGGCUGCGGGAUAUGGUUUCCAUGUCUCAGCCGUGGGAACUGGCUGUUUACCAUUAGCGUGAUGCUUUGCGAAGCCGCUGCCUUGAGGCCAGAAAUAACCAGGCACUUAAAAUUAGGCCAGGGACAAGGUGCUUGAGCCUCAGGCUCUGGACAUGUUUCAGACCGGUGCGAUUAUGAGUAUUCAGUCAUUGCGUGUGUUCCAAGCGAAUGCUUAUAAUCGUGUGUGUGAGGUGUAUGGACAUAUAUGCAUGUGUCUCUCAGGAAGGAGGAACCUGGAAGUAGAGGAUAUUAUAACCUCAAAAAACAUAACUUGAGCUGUGCUAAAAAUGAGGUAGGAGACAUCUGCUUACCUGCAAGUGAAUCCUAGUAGAAACGUGACCUCCCCACGUCACCUAGAGACCCGCUGUUUUCUGCACAAGCGCUGGGAGAAUCCUGGGUGGGUGGGGUGAGGACUAGGUUGAUCCCCAUUGGGUUUUCUGCUUAGCAGUCGGAAGGUGUGACCAGCUGGCCGCCUCUCCCACCUGCUGCCCGGGCUGGGCUUGUCUGGAGCGCAUCCCGCAGCCAUUUGAUCUCAUUCACGUGACCUUUGGGAUGUCUUGGCUCCAGAACUGAGUCAGCUGGGGGAGGCCAAGGACUGCUCAGUAGCUCUUCCUGCUGCUAGGUUACUGAGCUCGGCCGAUUUUGUCACCCCCAGUUCUUGUCAUGCAGGAGACAGCAGCCAGGAAGUUUUCAAGUGUAGUGACUGUGUGGAGCCAGUGGUGAGCCCCUUUGAUUCUGCUGCUGUCUGCCUCCUGAUUGAUAUUUCAGCUCUGACUCACAUGCUUUCUAGGAUAGGGUGAGGGUGAGCACCCUAAUCCAUGCACAGCCCAUCAGCUUCCUAUGCAAAGGCCACUGACUCUCAGCCACUGCCAGCACUCGGACAGAGCCAAGGGCACCCCCUCUUGCCCGCGGCUAUGAUGUCGGACACAGGCCUGGCUCCAGCAGUGAGGGCAGACAAGCUCCAAUCACAGACCUUUGCUCUCUGGAGAUGGAGGCCUGGGUUCUAGAUUGGAAUACAAGUGAAGGCUUUUUUUGUUGUUUGUAUUUUUUAAAUGUAAACUUGAUUAUUUUAUUGCUAAUUUAAAAAUAAAUGACUUUAUAUUGAUCGUGAAA